AUGAAUCUUUUUAGGCGACUUCUCUCAUUUAGCGUCGAUCCUUAUGCUGUUGCAAAAGAUGAAGACAUCAAGCUGCAGAGUUGCUCUGGGUUAUCAUUUAAGUCGCAGGUGCUAUACCUCCUUGUUUUUGUCACUCGGUAUCUUGAUCUGUUCUGGACAUUCACAGAGUCCCUCUACCUCACCAUAUUCAAGCUUCUGUUUAUCGGUUCCUCGGCCUACGUCAUCUAUCUUAUGCUUAAUGACUAUAAACCUACGCGUGAUCCCAACAUUGAUACUUUCAAGGUUCAAUACCUCCUUGGAAUCAGCGCGGUGCUUGCAAUUCUCUUUCCUCGUGAUUAUCGCAUCUCUGAAAUCCUCUGGACUUUUUCUAUUUGGUUGGAGUCAGUUGCAAUUUUACCCCAAUUAUUCAUGCUUCAACGUACGGGAGAAGCAGACGCUAUCACUACCCACUAUCUGUUUGCCCUGGGACUUUACAGGGGACUCUAUAUCCCGAACUGGAUCUUCCGCUACCUCACCGAAGCCUCCUUCCAACGUUCCUUCCAGCCUGUGACUGUUAUUGCUGGCAUCGUCCAGACAUUGCUCUACUCCGAUUUCUUCUACAUUUACUACAACAAGGUUUUGAAAGGCAAGAAGUUCUCGCUUCCCGUCUAA